CGGAUCCAGUACAGUAGCAUUCUGGGAAUACUGUGCGAAAAGAAAGUAAAAUUAACUUCCUUGAGGUAGCCUACGAUAUGAAGAUCUGUAAAAGAUUUGGCCUAAGAUAUUAAAGGCUGGUUCAAGUGAAUUUCUAAAACGAUCUGGAAAAAUGAUGGCAAAAAUAUUUAGUAAGAAACCGUUGUUUGCAUCCGAAUUGAGAAAGGAAGAUGGAAUAAAAUAUAAAAAGCUAGAGCUAAAAGCCAUUGAUACAGCUAGGCCAGUCAGCAGUGAUAAACUGAGAUUUGUUUGUAUAUCAGACACCCAUGAUUGGUUUUUAAGAAUGAUUGAGAGAAGAAAGAUACCAGAUGGUGAUGUUUUAUUACAUGCUGGUGAUAUUACAAUGGACGGUGAUCCAGUGUCUAUCAAUGAUUUUAACAGAUUAUUACCUCAAUUACCACACAAAGUGAAAGUAGUGAUAGGUGGAAAUCAUGAUCUCUGUUUAGAUCAGCAAUUAUUAGAUACAAACAAUCAAUAUUGUGUGAAGCGAUUUGAAUUAGAUACAUAUAAAUCGGAUAUUAAAUCUUAUGUUAGAUCUAAGACACAGUUACAUGAUAAAACAGAAGCAAGACAUCUAUUUACAAACUGUAUAUAUUUAGAGUCAAGCAUGGUGGAUAUAUGUGGUGUUAAAAUUUUUGGUGCUCCCUGGAAUGUGAAACAUGCUAGAUAUUGGGCAUUUUCACGUGAAAGAGGAGAUCCAUUGUUAGAGAAAUGGAAUCAGAUUCCUGAAAAUGUAGAUAUUCUGAUGACUCAUUCUCCACCUUUUGGAUAUGGUGAUAAAUCUUCCAAACAUUCUCACGUUGGUUGUGUGGAUUUACUUAACGUGGUACAGAAUGUGGUUAAACCUAAAUAUCAUAUCUACGGCCAUAUACAUGAAGAUUAUGGUAUAAGAACUGAUGGAGAAACUAUAUUUAUAAACGCAGCUAAUUGUACCAAAUCUUACCGACUUAUGAACCGACCAAUAGUCUUUGAUUACACUUUGCCCGAGGGUCACUCCAAAGCUGAACUACUUCAACCAAUGCUUUGGAAAAAACCCGAUUAUAGCAAUUAAUGACAAGGGCUUUGGAUUUUAAGGACAAGUUAAAACUGGAAUGAAGAUGUCUUUAGUUUUUUUUAAAAUAUAUGGAAUCCUUAAAGGGACAAUAACACUCUUGCUGGCUUGACAGCUCCAGAAAAUAAAAAAUAGCCUUAUUCUAAGUACUAGAUGUGCUAGUGUCCUACCUGUUGUGUAAAUUAUCCAUUAAAUCCUAUUUUACUUGUCCAAAUGGUUUAAAAAUAUUUUUAAAUCCAAGUCACAUUUGAAAAGCUUUACGUCAGGCUUUUCAAAUCAUUUAGUUGAAGUUUUCCAAUUUUUUAAAUUAAGUGUGUUAAGAUGAAAUUUGUAUCAUCAAUUAAUUGGAAUAUUGUAAAAUAGUACAAUUUGUUGACCAGAAUAGAGAUUAGGACAUAUUAUUAAGUUACAACAAGAAUGGUAUUGAGCCUUUAACAUUAUGAAUAUGAAUGAAGGUGGAUGUGAAUGAGUGUUUUUAUAUUUAUAUCCAAGAAAGCACAAAAAGUAAAUUCAAUGGAUAAGUUAAAAGUUUGGAUAUAAAUUUUGUUUAUCAGUGAAUAAUUUUCAAUAUUAGUUAAUUUCGACCUCAUCUUCUCUCACCUUUUGGAGAAUGCAUGGGACUAUUCACUGUAACCCAGGUAUCGUUUAAUCUUGUGUAUCUAGCAUUAAUUUCUUUCACAUUCGUUUAAUAUCCAAUCUUUGUUUAAAAAUUUGUAAAAACUGUUUAAAAUCACCAUAAAUCGUUUAAUUUGUACUUCUGUCCAGUUUAAAGCUGACCAUUCAAAUUUGAUAAUUAGUGUCCAAUUUACAAGUGUUUAAUUUCUCAAUCAUUGUUAAAAAAUAAACAACCCAAUUGAUUACUGAGGUAUAAUGAUUAAUUUUUGAACAGUGAUCAGGAAAUUAAAUACUUGUAAAUUGGACACUCAUUAUCAAAAUUAAUCAUUCAGCUUUAAACUGGACACAUGUA